AGUGCUCACCAUCCACACCUCUCGUGGUGAGCGCAGCUCUUCUUCCUACACGCCCACCAUCAGAUAAGUGGUGGAGGGUUUUGACAUCCUCGGCAACCCGUGGAGCACAUUAGAGCUUCAUUUCAUUUCACAGUUUCACUUUAGGUCGUAGCUGGCCUGUUAGAUAAACAGCACAAAAGCUGCUCCUCUGCUGUCAGUGAAGUUUCCUGUUUGUGCUGCUCCCAGAUGUUGUACUUUUCAUUAAGGCAGCUCUGUGGUACUUCCUGCCUCUCUGUGUGGCACAGGAUGUUCUGUACCAGCGUCACAGCCUCUUUCUGCCAGCCCCAUUUUGUGUUCGCUCUGAGCGAACUGAGAUCCUUUUGGUUCUGUGCAGUAACAAAUGCUCUCACCCACUGAUUUUGAGAGUGCUCCUGGGAGUGAAUAACCUGGGGCCACUCCACUUUCAGUGGAGUUCACUUUCAGUGUAACACCUAUGUUUCUUUACCUGUUUUUGGAGAAGUCAUAUGCAAAAUACUAACCUUUCAUACAUUUUGUGCCUCCUCACAGGUGACACAGCCUGUCCCCUACGGCAGCCUUCCCUUGCAGGGACAACACUAAAAAAGAAUAUAUGACAUCACAGAAUGGCUUAGGUUGGAAGAGACCUUAAAGAUCAUCUAGUUCACCACUUCACAGGGUGAAGUCCCUCGAAGAUAAGGGGGUUCUUGACCAUCAUAGUCUCUCAGUGACAGUCUGGUGGACUCAGUACCCCAGGCGAGGGCUAUUUUGUGUUGUCUCCCCCUCACAUACACAGCAUGCUGCCAUUGACAUAGCUACCUCCCUACCAACAGCUCUCAAAAAUAAGAGCUGAGGGAUUUCCACCCCACACCCGCCAAAGGUACAAUUCCCACUGACAUGGAGCUCAUGUCAUCCAUGAUGCAAAAAAUCAGUCUGUUGGAACAAAAAAUAGAUAAACAAGCGCAAGAAAUCCAACUGAAGGACAGGAAGAUUGCGGAGCUUGAGGAGAAGAUGAAGACUCUUCAGAAAGGAGAAGCUGCUCCUGACUCAUCCACAGCAGAGGAUCUGGAAAGGAGGUGCCUUCAGCUGCAGACUCAGGUCUGGGAGAUGGAGCGGUUUCUAAAUGACUAUGGUCUGAUCUGGGUUGGAGACAGACACGAAGAGCUGGAAGACUUGGAGUCGCUGAGAGAUGACGAACUGCUGGCAAAGAGGUUCUGGAAGGCAGGUGAGGCAGUUGUUUCCAAACACCAGGUUGAUUUUGAUUUAAUCUUGGAAAACGUGAAGGGUUUGAACAUGCUGGCUGGAGAUGGCGUCUCUCACGUGCAGCACACACCAGGAGGAGCUCGGCUGAGGCAGCCAGAACCCCUCCCUCUGACCCUGUAUCAGAAUGGGAUCGUCAUGCUGGAAGGAGCCUUUCGCUCCUAUGAGGAACAGUCUGCUCAGCAAUGCCUGCAGGACAUUAUGGAUGGUUAUUUCCCUUCAGAGUUGCAGGCACGCUACCCAGAUGGUGCCCCUCUGCAGGUCACUGACAAAAGAGAUGUGGUAUUUCGGGAGACAGACCUUCCUGGGAGCUUUCCUGGCCAUGGCCGAGUUGUUGGCCAUUCAAAACUAAGCAAGGUGGAGGAGCCCACUGAGAUCCCUGGUCCCAAACCCUCUCUGGAGCAGUCUUGGAACAAGUAUUCUAAGUCAUCACUGUGCAGUGAAGCAAUGGCCACCCAAGACACAGUCGGAGCAGUGCAGCAGGGCUCUGAUGGGGUGCGGAGCAGCAAAGAGAUCGUGGUGGGGACACCCAGGCUGCCUGCCCUGCAGAGCUUAGAGAGAGCUGAAGAGCCUGGAGCUUCUGCCCCUGAAGUCUGCACUCUUCGCAUCAAAUCUGAGAGCGGGGAGCAGACGUAUGUCAUAAAGAUGCUGUUCUCAGAGACAAUAGGGGACCUGCGCCAACACCUUGCCCACGCCAGGGGUGGAGAUUCCGACUCAUAUGAGAUCAUCAGCACCUUUCCCCAGAGGCUGUACGCGGACAACUCCAGGAGCCUGCAGGAAUGUGGGCUGAUCCCCAGUGCCUCCUUGCUGCUGCGGAGAAGAGACCCCUUCCCUCCAGAGGGGACGGGACUGCAAACAGCCUAGCGGCUCCUCUGCAGGAGGAAAGAGCUAUCUUGCACUGUUAACUGAAUUACAACAUCCCCUUGGCUGGAAGAGAGCAGAGUUGUCUUUCCAGAUCUAGUUUCAUUGUGCCGUUACCUGGGAUGGAGAGCAGGGCUCCUUCUCCCUUUAGCAGAGUGCCGCAUGCCAGCCCGUAUUCUGCUGCCCCCCGGGUGGAUGGUUGCUCUUCCCCAGAUCAGGUGGGCUGCUGUCACAGGGAUUUCUGUUAGCUCAAGGCAGAGGCCUGGUUUCUCACCUCUGCUUUAGGUUAUAUUGGCUGAUCUUUGCUCAGGGAAGGCUGCCAGCUUUGCACUGGUACCAGGGCAGUUGCUUAGCCGGACUCAGGGAUUCUCUACAGCAGCAGAUAUCUAGGCAGGACAGACAAAUAGCAAGGGGUCAAUCUCCUUUCCACAGAGCUGCUGCCCGGAGAUUUCAACUGUAUGUAUAGCAGAAGUAAAGCAGGCUCAGUGACACAGU